AUGUCUCAUUCGGAACCAGAUGAUAGGGGCGACACCAGUUCAAAAAUAGAUAAGGUCACCUUGGAGCUUGCCAAUCUGGAUCACCAGUACUGUGAUGCACUGUGGUCAACAUACCGACCAGAUGAAAAUGAUGAGAUGGCCGAUGAACUGAUUGGGAGAACGGAACUAAUUGACGAACUAGAAUCAAGCCUUCUCCCUUCAAUUAGAGACCAGAUCACUUCUCUCUUGCUCCGACUCGACCUACAGAAUUUGGGGAAGCAGCUGAAUGCCAACCUUGACUCAAUUUCGGAACUCGCAUCAAAGAUUGAUCAGACUCUGGAAAAAGCAACCUCUGCCGUCCAAUCCGUUUCCAACUACUUUGAAGGAUACGCCGAUGGCCGGAAUUUGGGACAAUGUAAAAGCUUCAGAUGUGGUCGAUUGCACACGAAACUCAGAACUAUCAUCGUAACUUAUCUCUGUCCACUCUUCCGAAGCGCUGGGAUAUUUAUGCGAUACUGGGACCUCUUACGCAAAGAUCCAGAAAACUCGGAGUACCGACAGGAAAUGGUCGUAUGGAUAGGAGAAACAUACAGAUUGGCGAAUAUUUGCUAUGGUUUAACGGACAAGGCAAUCAAAUGGUUAAAAAACUCCGACUUAGCUAUGCUACAAGAAGAUUGGCUAGAGGCAGGAGAAAUGGUUGAUAGACUGGAAGAUCUAACAAAAAUUAGCGCUGAUCCGACGAAUGACUUAAAAGUCGAUUCCGAACAAGGCUCAAUACAUGAACUCGAUUCCGAAGAGGACUCCAUUUAUUCUGGAGUCGAUUUCCAUUAUGACUCGAUCACAAAAAACAUGACUCCAAGACAACGUUCCAGAUGGACCGUUGUUUACCCUAGACCCAGAGAUCAAUUCAAAGACCCUGCAGCUGCUAAGUCAAGGCCCAACUGA